AUGACUACUGUGGAGGAAUUGAGUCCCCCAAAAUUACUGAAACCCUCAAUACAUGCCCCUCAAGAAAUUCGAGAAACUGCACACAGAAAGGGCUGUGGAGACCUGGACUACACUGUGACUGUGAAAGAAGACCUGGACUACUCUGUGAUUGUGAAAGAGAAUCUCACAGCCAGGUGUAUGGAGUCAGUGCUGAGUGAAUUUGCUGGCAAACCAGAGCACAAAUCCUCAGACAGCAUAUUCUUGGUUCUUAUGUCUCAUGGCAUCCUGCAUGGAAUCAGUGGAACUCUUCAUAGUGAUGACAGCCCAGAUGUGCUUCAAUAUGACACCAUCUUCAAGAUAUUCAACAAUUGCUCCUGCCCAGGUCUAAGAGACAAACCCAAAGUCAUCAUUGUGCAGACCUGCAGAAGUGAAAAGCACGGGGAAGUGUGGGUCAAAUACUCUGAAGCAGCCCCCAAAGACAGCCUUGCACAGUCAUCAGAGAAUCUGGAAUCAGAUGCUAUUCAUAAGAUCCAUGUGGAGAAGGAUUUCAUAAUUUUCUACACUACAACCCCACAUAGGUGUCUAGGGUUUAGACAGAAAUGUAUGGGUCUAUGGUCACUGAACAGUGACACUAGGAAAAGCAAGAUGAGCUCUAUAAAUUAAUAAUCUGAGGUUAAAUUUUGAGUAUUAUUAAUAUAUUUUAUGUAAUUAUUAUCUGUAUUUGGCAGAUCUGCUUA